AUGGCACUCGACUUUGUCCUGCCGGUGAUCCACGACAACGAGGACGGCUCCUGGGGCCCUAGCACCAGCACCAUCCCCGCCCAGUUCAAGGACAUCCCUUACGCCCCCUUCUCCAAGUCGGACAAGAUCACCCGCAUCGCCGACUGGCAUGACCCCGCUGCCGAGGGCGCCGCUUCCUCCAACGCCCGUGGCGGCCGCCAGGCCUUCUCCGUGUCGGCCAACCGCCGCCCCGGUCGCGAGGCGUACGGCGCUUCCGAGGUGAACGCGUUCGGCUACGUGCACGACGAGGACGAGAAGAGCUUCUCGCUCGUUGACAGCAGCAGCCGCGCCGCCGGCCGUGGACGCGGCGGUGCCCGUGGACGCGCGACCCGUGGUGUCCAGCCUGCGCGCCCCACUGCCGGCCGCGGUGGACGCCUGGCUGCCCCCACCGGCCGCGGCGGCUUUGCUCAGCGUGGUCGUGGCGGCGGACGCGGUGGCUACGGCGGCUACGACAAGCCCCAGCGCACCCGUGACUCGUCGGUCACAAUCGGCGCCGACUGGCAGCAGCUCGAGGAGAUCGAGUUCUCGCGCCUCAACAAGCUCAACCUCGGCGUCGACACCCCCGAGGAGCUCUCGUCGUACGGAACCCUCCAGGCGUACGACCGUACAUUCGACCGCAUCAACACCCGCAACGAGAAGCCCCUCGAGAUCCUCGACCGCGUCAGGUACAACACGACGACAAGCGACGACCCCAUCAUCCACCAGUACGCCGACAAGAAGGAGGCCCAGAUCUUUGCUACCGACUCGAUCCUCGCUGUGCUCAUGUGCACGCCCCGCUCGGUCAACUCGUGGGACAUUGUCCUCGACCGCCGUGGCGACCAGCUCUUCCUCGACAAGCGCGAGGGUGGACCCUUCGAGUUCCUCACCGUCAACGAGAACGCUGCCGACCCUCCCCCCGACGCCGACGGCGACAACAACCUCAACUCGGCUUCGUCGCUCUCGCUCGAGGCUACCUACAUCAACCAGAACUUCUCGUCCCAGGUCAUCGAGGCCAAGUCCAAGGCCUACACCCCUCGCCCCAACCCCUUCUACUCGCCCGAGGAGGAGAGCGAGCCCCUUGCCUCGACCCUCUACCGCUACCGCAAGUUCGACCUCUCGGUCAACGAGGAGGAGGACCUCAACAUCAUUGUCCGUACCGAGGUCGACGCGUACGUCGGAAAGAGGGACCACCUCAUCACCGUCAAGGCUCUCAACGAGUACGACUCGCGUGCCCAGGGCGCCAAGGUCCUCGACUGGCGCAAGAACCUCGACACCCAGAAGGGUGCCAUUGUUGCCAACGAGAUGAAGAACAACUCGGCCAAGCUCGCCCGCUGGGCUGUCCAGUCGUACCUUGCUGGUGCCGAGGCCAUGAAGAUGGGCUACAUCUCGCGUGCCAACCCCCGCGACGCUCAGCGCCACGUUAUCGUCGGCACCCAGUCGUACAAGCCCGUCGAGUUUGCCCGCCAGAUGAACGUCUCGCUCGCCAACGGCUGGGGUAUUGUCCGCACCAUUGCCGACAUUGCCCUCAAGCAGCCCGAGGGCAAGUACAUCCUUGUCAAGGACCCCAACCACCCUAUCAUCCGCCUCUACAAGGUCCCCGAGGACGCGUUUGAGGCCAUUGACGAGGAGGAGGAGGAGGAGUAG